UUGGCACAAUUUUACACUAACACAGACUGCAGAAGUGGUUUGCUUAUGGGAAAAAACACCAAAGGGCUUUCUUUUAAGUUUAUAAUAAAUGCUGUAGCCCAAUCUACUACGGUUUAUACCACCACCACUACCACCACUCGAGCCCAGCCACCAGUUAUGCUUACCCCGAAAAUUUUUGAAGUUGGACCAUAUAUAAUCAGGAAAACUGGCCAACAACAGAUAUUAUUUAAUCCAGCAUGGUCUCUUAAACAAGUCAAAUUGCUGAUGCAAAACAAUGUCUCAGAAAUACAACCAGCUUGUUCACCCUUUUUGCAAACCUCUUUUCAGGGUUGGACAACCUGGCUGCGACAGUGGAACCCUCCUAAAAACCGGGUGCAAAGAGACAUAACUGGUGUCGUGGGAACGGGACUGGGAAUCCUAAAUAGUAUUGAUUCAGAAGUAUUAAUGAAUAAAUUGGCCUCCACGACUAAAGAUUUAACCAAAAUACAGCAGCCACUGCAAUCGUCCUUAUCGGCCUUGGGAACACAUCAGUGGUUGCUAUCAAACAUUCUACCAAAUUGGGAAAAGAUAAAUGUAAAUGAUAGCAAAUUGAUAAUUGAUGCACUUAAUGCCACACAAAGCAACGUUUCCUUAGCUCUUAGCUGUAUCCAGGCUCAAUUAUGGAUGCAGUCAGUUGCUGCCUCAAUUAUAAGAGAAAGUGAAGAAGGCACUUUUCCUACUGAAAUUAGGAAAAUAGUCUGGGACAGUGCCACUGACUUUGAAAGAGAUUUCCAAUCCUGGUGGAAUUUAGUGAAUUUUACCUAUGACCCUAACACAAACACAGCCACAGCAUUUGUGUUGACCAUAAGUAAUGCCUCGGUGCAUUUGAUAUUCCCUAUCAUUGCACUAGGAUUAAAUCAUGACGGAGCCACUUUCUAUCCUUCUGAACAUAGAGAAUGGGCCCGUCAAAUUAAUGACAAAUGGCAAACUGUCAAUUCAGAGUCCUGUACUAUCCGAGAACAACUAGGGUUUAUCUGUGAAGGUAAUGCAAUUAUAGCUCAAGAUAUCUGUUUAGACACAGAACAAAAUAGCUGUCAUUUUGACAUUCAUCCUAACGAGACUUCUGAAACAGUCCUUGUAUAUACAGGCAAUGGGUGUGCCUGCUUUGGAACCACUUGUGAUACUGUGUUUAUAGAAAGUACAGUAGUAGAUACUAAAAAUCAUUCAAAUUUUUGUGCUUGCAACUUUACUAAAAUUGCAGGAUGUGAUUUUUCUUUUGUAGCUCCAGUUACCUUACAUGAACUUUUAGAAUCCAAUCUCACGUUGAUUCACAAGCUACUGCCUACUCCCAUUGGGAUGAACCUUACUUUGGUAAAGCAACUAUUACUUCAUCAAGAUCUAAUAGAGAUCCUAGGAAAAAUCAAGGAGAAUGGACAGAAAACUCUGUCCUGAAGACUCCACGACGACACCAUGGAACCCUGCUGAUGAAGAUCUUUCGAGGGCAAUCGUCAGUCACGGGGUGGUGUAAGAGCCCGUCUGAAGCCCCUCAUUUUCCAUUCUGCCUUCCGAUUGCCACGAGAAAGAAUCCCUUCCCCCACUGCAGUUCCGGCUUAGAACAGGACACAGCGCAGGUGCAACCACUGAACCGUCACGCUGGCUGUUCCGAACAAGGGCUGGCAAGAACUUGGCAAGGAGUUGGCAAGGACUUGGCAAAGACCUGACAUGGACCCAGCUCGGGACAGCCUGAUGCGCGGCCUGCUUCUAAUCUCUGAUCUUAAGCCACUGAAGGCUGGCAGUGAAAUAUCACUGUAGGAUCUUGCUGCACUUGGCUUUUGGCCCCUUCUUAAGAGCUUUGCCUUCAAGGGCAGGAACAUGUUUCCUACUGGGAACUGGAAUUCCAGACCCUUGGAGUGUGUGCCGUGCAGGACCAUAGAGACUGGGAUCAUGCGGACUGGGAUCAUAUGGACUGGGAUCAUGGGGACUGGGAUCCUACAGACUGGGGGUGCACAGACUGGGACUAUGUGGAUCAGGACCAUCCAGACUGGGAUCAUACAAACUGGGAUCAUUUGGACCGGGAUGACUGCACUGAACAAUGUGAACGGAGGCGGUCCCACGCUGCCCAGGGCUCCCUCCCAGUCACUCCCAGCCACUCCCAGUCCCAGUGCUGCUCUGGGGUGCAGCCAAAGCUCCCCAGAGUGAUCUCGGAGGUCCCAGAGCAAUCCAGGUACAGAUCCCAGCACCGGUCUUGGAGCAAUCCUGGUCCCGAUGCCGACCUCGGUCUCA